AUGUCUGAAGAAACAAAUUCAAACACAACAAUUAAAGAUGAACCAAUUGAAUAUCCUCAGCUAAAUACAUUAACUUAUCAUCAAGUGAAACAAGAAUUUGAUGAAUAUCCUCAAGUGAAACAAGAAUUUGAUGAUUAUCCUCAAGAGAAACAAGAUUUUGAUGAUUGUUCUCGAAAGAAACAUAAAUUUGCUGAUCAUCCACUAGAUAAACAAGAUUUUGAUGAAAUUCCUCAAGAGAAACAUAAAUUUGCUGAUCAUCCACAAGUAAAACAAGAAUUUGAUGAUUAUCCUCAAGAGAAACAAGAUUUUUACGAUUGUUCUCAAGAGAAACAAGAUUUUGAUGGUUAUCCUCAAGCUAUACAAGAAUUUGAUGGUUGUUCUCAAGAGAAACAAAAAUUUGAUGAUUAUCCACAAGUGAAACAAGAAUUUGAUGAUUAUCCUCAAGCGAUACAAGAUUUUGAUGAUUGUUCUCAAGAGAAACAUAAAUUUGCUGAUCAUCCACAAGUGAAACAAGAAUUUGAAGAUUAUCCUCAAGAGAAACAAGAGUUUGAUGAUUAUCCUCAAAAGAAACAAGGUUUUGAUUAUGAAUACAUGAAACAAGAAUUAGAUGAUUAUGAAAUAUCAGAAAUAUGUCCAGACAAUGACAAAUUAUGUGUUUUAAAGUCUGAUGUAAGGAUAGAUGAUGAAAACAAGCAAAAAGUAAUUGACGAAAUCACCAAAAAACAAAACACUGCCCUUAUCUCGAGAUCCUAUGAAUGUGAUAUAUGCAAUAGAACAUUUACAAGAAAAGACACAUUAAAAGUACAUAAAGGGAUCCACACUGGGCAACACCUUCAUAAAUGUGCUACGUGUAAUAGAGCUUUCAUAACAAAACAACUAUUAAAUCGGCAUGAAAGGAUCCACACCGGAGAACGUGCUCAUAAGUGUGAAAUAUGCAAUAAAGCUUUCAUAACAAAAUUGGAACUAAAACGACAUGAAUUUAUCCACACCAGAGAAAGUGAUCAUAAAUGUGCAACAUGCAAUAAAUCAUUUGCAACAAAACAAAUAUUAAAUCUUCAUGAAAUGAUUCACACUGGAGAGCGCCCUUAUAAAUGCGAAAUAUGCCAAAAAGCAUUUAAAACAAAAUAUGAAUUAAAACAACAUGGAAAGAUGCAUACCAAUGAAAGCAAAUAUAAAUGUACCAUAUGCAUUAAAACAUUUUCAACAAAACAAUUAAUGAUCCGUCACGAAAUGAUUCAUACAGGAGAGUCUCCUUACAAAUGUGAGACGUGCGAAAAAGCUUUUAAAACUAAACAUGAGUUAAAACAUCACGAAAUCAUCCAUACCAACGAAAGCAAUUUUAAAUGUGCAACAUGCAAUAAAGCUUUUCCAACAACAAGAGCAUUAACUCGGCAUAUAAAUGUUCACAUUCGAGCAAACCUUUAUAGGUUCAACAUAAAAAAAUUUCAUGCGAGAGAACAUCCUUACAAAUGUGAAAUAUGUAAUAAAGCAUUUACAACAAAUGGUAAUUUAAAUCAACAUAAAAAGAUUCAUAUGGAAGAACGUCCUUACAAUGUGAAACAUGUAAUAAAGCAUUUACAACAAUUGACUUUAAGUCAACAUAAAAAGGUUCAUACGGAAGAACGUGAUUACAAAUGUGAGCUAUGUAAUAAAGCAUUUAAAACAAAUAGUAAUUUAAGACAACACAAAAAUAUCAUCACAAAGAACGUCGUUACAAAUGUGAAACAUGUAAUAAAGCAUUUACAACAAAAUUGGACUUUAAGUCAACAUAAAAAGGUUCAUACGGAAGAACGUCAUUACAAAUGUGAACUAUGUAAUAAAGCAUUUAAAACAAAUAGUAAUUUAAGACAACACAAAAAAUAUCAUACAAGAGAACGCCUAUACGAAUGUGAAAUAUGUAAUAAAGCAUUUAUAACAAAUGGUGAAUUAAUUCGACAUAAAGGAUUCAUACAGAAGAACGUCCUUACAAAUGUGAAAUAUGUAAUAAAGCAUUAUAAUAAAAUGGUGCAUUAUUCGACAUAA